CUUCUCCCACCGUCUUGCAUGUCGACGUCGACACAUGGCGGGCACGAUGGCGGCAAGGGCGUGGAGCGGGUGCUGGACGGGGCAGUCGGGCGCGAGGAUGAGCCAUUGCUGCCAGCGGCGGCGGCGGCAGCGACGGGAUCGGUGGCGGGAUCGGCGACGGGGACGGCGGGACAAGUGGCGGAGAUGUCGACAUUGGCACAAGCGGCUUUCUCGACCUAUUGGUUAGCGUUCUUCAUCCUGGCCAUGCUCAUCAUCCCGGUCCUCCUCCCAUCCAAGGUCGCGUCGCUCGUUGCGCCGAGUCGCAAGGGCUCAGCCCUGGGCGCGACGGCGGCCAUCGGCAACGCCUUUCUGGUUGUCCUCAAUCCGGUCUUUGGCGCAGCAUCAGACGCGGCGUGUGCACGCAAGCCGUUCAUCGGUGGCGGCGGCCUCCUUCUUGCUGCAGCAGUGAUGACGCUGUACCUUGCAGACACGUACCUGCUCUUCACAACCGCCUUCUCGGUCACCUGCAUCGCACUUGCGGUCUCGAUUCCGGCCUACAACGCAGCAGUGCCCGAAAUCGCGCCGCCACACCAGGCGGGUCAGCUUGGCGCCUGGCUGUCGGCGGCGUCGACCGUCGGCGGCCUCGCCGGCUCACUCGCUGUCCUCUUUGCCGCCAACAAGUUUUCCGACUUUCUGAUGUGCGCCACCUCGGCUGGGCUUGUCGGCCUCUCUGCGCUUGUGGCCAUCUCGUCGUUCUCAGAGUCCCCAGGCGCGCGGCGGGCCGCCAAAGCCCAGCGGAAGAGCAUGGCGUUCUCGCUGCAGACAGACGACCGCGGCGGGAGUGGCGUCGAGCCGCGAUCGCGAUGGCGGUGCGCGGCACUGACCGCCGCGUUCCCGUCGCUCAGCUACAGGCCUUACACCAUGUUCCUGACAGUGACCUUUCUACAGAACGCGGGGCAAACGCUCGUCACGCUCUACGCGCUCUACUUUUUCCACGACGUGCUUGGCGAUGACAAUCUGGUGCUCUGGCCAGGCGGCCCGCGGCUGCACUCGGCCGCGGCGGCGACGGGCGCGUUGCAGGUGGCGACGCAAUUUGGCGGCGUCAUUGCCUCGGGCGUGUCGUGGAAGUGGUCACAGAGCCCCAAUCAUCGGACACAGGCCAUGUUCUGGCUGACACUCACUAUUGCAGGGCCACUUGUCUUUGUCUUUGCCCGCUCGCUCGGGCUCAUUGUCGGCUUUGCGCUCAUCUACGGCGCCGGCAUCGGCGGCUUCAUGGCACUCUCGUAUCCGCUGAUGGUCAACAUCCUGCGGGCGGCACAGGCUGUGCGCGGUACGACCGGAUCGGUAGAGGCCGGCGGAACCGAGUGGUCGCUGUGGAUUGUCUCGGUCCUCGCGCCCAAGGCUGAGACCGGCAAGCGACACGGCGACAGCAAUCUCGGAUACCAGGUGCUCUACGGGUUUGGCGCGUUGCUGAUGGCGGCCGGCGCGGUGCUCGCUCUGCGGCUGACGCAUGCCGCGGAUUUGCCUGCAGACGACGCGGGGAAGGAGGAUGCAUAG